UAUACUGCAUGAUAAAUACAUGAUCUUAAAUGGAUUUGGAGGUUAAAGGAGUUGCUGCUGCUUCUAGGAGCCGAAUUCAGCCAUUCUCUGGAAGAAAGAAACCACUACAACAAAGGUGGACUUCUGAAUCAUGGGCAAUCGAGAACCCUUGCCCACCAGUGAGCAGGACAUAAUAUCUGAAAACUUGCCAGCACCAACAAGCAAAUAUAAACUAAAAUAUCAGCAAUAUGAGACUGAAAUGAAAGAGGGAUAUAAACAGUAUAGUCAGAGAAAUUCUAGAAAAACAAAAUCAAAUAUCACACAUCAACAAUCUCUAAGAAACAAGAUAGAUGAAAAGUGUCUAAAAGGUGAAGAAGCCAACACGGAUGACAUUACAACGCUGGAUAGGAAAGCCCUCUUACAGCAAGGUUAUGUAGAAAACCCUUACAAUACACAACAGAGUGCAAGAAAAUUGGACGCAGAAAUUGUGGCUGCAGAGAAAAAGAAACAGAUGGUUGCAGAGCAAGUGAUGAUAGACCACUUAUCUAGGGCUGUCAUCAGUGAUCCAGAACAAAAUUUAACCAUUGAGAAAAAAGAAAGUGCUUAUGUCCUUCCAGAUUCAAAGAUAGCACCUCUUCGAUUUAGGAAAAGAACACUCCAUGAAACAAAAAUACGAACUCAUUCUACUUUGACUGAAAAUGUGCUUUCUCAUAAAGUACAAUUUGAUGGUAGGAUCCUAUCAAGAAAUGGCCGUGAUGCUUGUAGAGAACUGAUUGGGUUCUUUUUUACUCAUGACCAGUCACUUACAAUUUAUGAAUAUCGGCAAUUUGGGAAAAAUAGAACAAAUGUGCUUCCUUUUAUUUACAAAAACGUUUAUAGUCAUCAGUGUGGACGAAGAAAAGGAAAACAAUAUCGACUUGGUGAUUUUUACAUUGGUGCAAAUUUGACAUUUUUGAGUUCUGAUCAUCCUAGUCUUCCAGAAAGCAUAAAAGAAAACAUAUUACUUAUACUCCGAAUCACAAAUAUCAAUCAAGUUGCUUUGGAUUCUCUCAAAACUGCUUCUGUGAAACAUGAGGAUGAUAUAAUCCGUCAAGAAGCUGAUGAUAGGUUGGUCUUCAAGGCCAUUCAAGAUGUGCUAAAAGAAAAACUACAUAAAAGAGGUGUGCGUAUUUUGACUGGAUUGAGAAAAUACUUUCAGCAAUUGGACAAAAAAGGAAAUGGACUUCUAGAUAAGGAAGAUUUUAAGCAAGCUCUAAAAGUAUUUAACUUAGAAGUGCCUGAAAAGGAUUUUGAGUCUGCAUGGCUAAUUCUGAAUGAGAACGGCAAUAGCAAUGGUAAUGGCAAGGUAGAUUACGGACAAUUCAGACGUUCCAUUAUUGGUGAAAUGAAUGAAUAUAGGAAAUCAUUUGUUCGAAAGGUUUUUAUGAAACUGGAUUUCAACAAAACUGGCAGUGUGCCUAUUAUUGACAUAAGAAAAUGUUAUUGUGCAAAGAAGCAUUCUCAAGUAAUUUCAGGCCAUUCCACAGAAGAAGAAAUCAAAUCAUCUUUUCUAGAGACAUUGAAAGAUGCCUGCAGCAAAUCUGAUGAAGUGUCAUAUGGUGAAUUUGAAGAUUACUAUGAAGGUUUAAGUUUAGGGAUAGUAGAUGAUGAAGAUUUUUUUAACAUCAUAUGUACUCCAUGGGGGAUUUAGUUUUUGAUAAUAUGUAUGUUAUCAGCACUAAGAAUUUUAUUGGAGAAAGAUUUGAAUGCAAGGUAUGAUUAAAAACUGGGUUAUAUUUUUCUAGGACUUUAUUCUGUGUUUUUU